AUGUCGAAUUCUCUUGUGUUCAUCACAGGAGCCACGGGCUUCAUCGGCUCGCAAAUCGCUGUCGCUUGCUUGAAGGCAGGAUACCAUGUCCGACUAAGCGUGCGCCGCGAGGACCAGAUCCAGAAACUGCAAGACACCUUCUCCGAGUUUUCUAGCCAGCUUCACUUCGUCAUCAUUUCCGACUUUACCAGACCCGACGCCUUUGUCAGUGCGGUCGUUGGCGUCGAGUAUGUUAUUCACGUGGCAUCGCCCAUGGUAGGAAAAGGCGAAGACUUUCAGAAGGAUUACAUCGACCCCGCAGUACGUGGAACUCUCUCCGUAUUAGAUGCGGCAAAGAACGUUUCUUCCAUCAAGAGGGUUCUUAUCAUGUCCUCAAUCCUCGCUCUUGUGCCAAUCGGGACGCUCACGGGAGCGCCAAAUGGCCCGAGCGCAGUCAAAGAACACUCGGAGGAUAAGAUUCAUGUCGACGUGAAUAUGGAGCUUCCUGAGGGCAUUCCCGGCCAUGGUAUCAAGUAUCAAGGCUCCAAGAUUCUAGCGCACCAGGCAACGGCGGAUUGGGUCGAGAAGAAUAAACCCGCAUUCCCAGUUCUUACCUUCCAUCCGAGCUUCGUUACGGGACCAAGUCUCUUCCAGAAGAAGCCGGAAGAGAUUGACUCCAUCAAUGGCCUUGUCUUUAAUAUCAUUCGCACCGGCGUUGUUACAAUCCCUGCCGUGUUAGUUGACGUUAGAGACGUAGCUGACACCUUCUUGAAAGCUUUGUCGGCGCCAGUUCCCAAAUUUCAGGAAUUCAUCGUGUCUGAGCCUGCAGUUUUGUGGGAAGACGUUGCCGAAAUUGUUCAAAGGCUCUACCCCGACUCCAACUUCCAACUAAAGCCGCCUGUUGGAGACAAAUUUUCUAUGGUUCCAGAGGCUAAGGCUGCCAAAGAGAUUCUGGGGAUUGAAUGGAAGCCUCUAGAGGAGGUUAUCCGCGGCGUCGUAGACGUUCAGCUUGCUUUAGGCGCCUAA